AUGUCUUUCCACAUUGAGAACGCAGCCGUCGGCGACCCCCACAACUCAGAAGACUGGCGCAUUCGUGGCUAUAACCCCCUCACCCCGCCUGAUCUGCUGCAGAGCGAGAUCCCUCAGACAGCAAAGUCCCGCGACACCGUGCUCAAGGCCCGCGACGAAGCCGUCGCCAUUGUCCAGGGCAAAGAUGCUCAGAAGCGACUGCUCGUCGUCAUCGGCCCGUGCUCUAUCCACGAUCCCGCCGCUGCCCUCGACUACUGCGACCGCCUGCUGAAGCUCAAGGAGAAGUACCAGGAUGACCUUCUCAUCGUCAUGCGCUCGUACCUCGAGAAACCCCGCACCACGGUCGGCUGGAAGGGCCUGAUCAACGACCCCGACAUCGACAACAGCUUCAAGAUCAACAAGGGUCUGCGCAUCUCGCGACAACUCUUUGCUGACUUGACGGAGAAGGGCAUGCCGCUGGCGAGCGAGAUGCUGGACACCAUCUCGCCCCAGUUCUUGGCCGACAUGUUCAGUGUGGGAGCCAUUGGCGCCAGAACCACUGAGUCGCAACUGCACCGCGAGCUCGCCUCUGGUCUGUCUUUCCCUGUAGGCUUCAAGAACGGUACAGACGGCACCCUUGACGUUGCUAUCGACGCCAUCGGCUCAGCCAAGCACCCCCAUCACUUCCUCUCCGUCACCAAACCCGGCGUCGUCGCCAUUGUCGGCACAAUUGGCAAUGACGACUGCUUCAUCAUCCUGCGCGGCGGCAAGAAGGGAACAAACUACGAUGCAAAGAGCGUCAAAGAGGCGCGCGAGAAGCUCGAGUCAAAGGGUAUGAACUCGCGCCUCAUGGUUGACUGCAGCCACGGCAAUUCGGAGAAGAACCACAUGAACCAGCCCAAGGUCGCCCGCGCUGUCGCCGAGCAGAUCGAGGCUGGCGAGACGGCCAUCAUGGGUGUGAUGAUUGAGAGCAACAUCAAGGCUGGUACGCAAAAGGUGCCCAAGGAAGGAAAGGCUGGUCUCGAGUACGGCAUGUCGAUUACGGAUGCGUGCAUCGACUGGGAGACUACUGAGACGGUGCUUGAGGACCUUGCUUCAGCUGUGUCAAAGAGGAGGACGCUUCUCGGCCAGAAUGGCGCAAACUAA